AUGUCUCACAGAAAGUACGAAGAGCCAAGACACGGUUCCCUAGGUUUCCUCCCAAGAAAGAGAGCUGCAAAGCAAAGAGGUAGAUGUAAGUCCUUCCCUAAGGAUGACAAAUCCAAGCCAGUUGCUUUGACCGCUUUCUUAGGUUACAAGGCUGGUAUGACCACCAUUGUCAGAGACUUGGACAGACCAGGUUCCAAGAUGCACAAGAGAGAAGUUGUUGAAGCUGCAACUGUUGUUGAUACUCCUGAAUUAGUUGUUGUCGGUGUUGUCGGUUACGUUGAAACCCCAAGAGGUUUGAGAUCCUUAACUACCGUCUGGGCUGAACACUUGUCUGAAGAAGUCAAGAGAAGAUUCUACAAGAACUGGUACAAGUCCAAGAAGAGAGCUUUCCAAAAGUACUCUCAAAAGUACUCCAAGGCUGGUGAAAUUGACACUGAACUAGCUAGAAUCACCAAGUACUGUUCUGUUGUCAGAGUCUUGGUCCACACCCAAGUCAGAAAGACUCCAUUAGCUCAAAAGAAGGCGCAUUUAGCUGAAAUCCAGUUGAACGGUGGUUCUAUUGCUGACAAGGUCCAAUGGGCUAAGGAACAUUUCGAAAAGACUGUUUCUGUUGAUUCCGUUUUUGAACAAAACGAAAUGAUUGAUGCAAUUGCUGUUACCAAGGGUCAUGGUUUCGAAGGUGUUACCCACAGAUGGGGUACCAAGAAGUUACCAAGAAAGACUCACAGAGGUUCCAGAAAGGUUGCUUGUAUUGGUGCUUGGCAUCCAGCUCACGUCUCUUGGUCUGUUGCUAGAGCAGGUCAAAGAGGUUACCACCACAGAACUUCUAUCAAUCACAAGGUUUACAGAGUUGGUAAGGCUGGUGACGAAGCUUCUGGUGCUACUGAUUUCGACAGAACCAAGAAGACCAUCACCCCAAUGGGUGGUUUCGUCAGAUACGGUGAAGUCAAGAACGACUUUGUCUUAUUGAAGGGUUCCAUUCCAGGUCCAGUCAAGAGAGUCAUCACUUUGAGAAAGUCCUUGUACGGUCCAACCGACAGAAGAGCUUUAGAACAAGUUAACUUGAAGUGGAUCGACACUGCUUCUAAGUUCGGUAAGGGUAGAUUCCAAACUCCUGCUGAAAAGCACGCUUUCUUGGGUACCUUGAAGAAGGACUUGGAAAACUAA